GAAUCUUAGAUUAUAGAUUAGGAUUCACUUACAUCUAACUUGACGACCGUGCUCAUUGAAUAGUUUGCUCGAGAUUUGAUUAUUUUUGCCAUUUAUUCUGAUUUCACAAUAUUCUAGUAAAGCAAGGGUAAGGAGACCGUGAGCGCCGAGACACAAGUUAAGGGCAAGGCAACAGUUGCUGUUUAUUUUCAAUAUUUUGUUGUAGUGUUGUAUGAAUGUAUGGUUUUUAGUUUUGGUCUUAAUUUGUUGGAUAUUUAUCAAAUAAUUAAUUCUCAUGAUAUGGUCCAUGUCAAUGUAGACACAGACUGAGUUUGCUCAAGCCCCCAGCGGUGACGCCUGCGCUACCGUUACCCAAGCCCGACAGCUCUUCCAGUGACAGCCAUGGCAGAGGUCACAUCACCCUCUCAGCCUCUGGAGCAGUUUGUGCUGCUGGCCAAGUCGGCUCGCGGGGCGGCCGCCGCCGAGCUGGUCCGACAGGCUCUGGACGCGCCGGGGGUCUACGUGUUCGCCGAGCUUCUGGAUAUGCCACACAUCAAAGAUCUGGAGUCCCACGCCGAGUACGGCUCCCUGUACCAGUUGCUGCAGCUGUUCGCCUGCGGCGUCUAUCAGGACUACCUGCGCCGGCGCCAGGAGCUGCCGCAGCUCAGCGACAUGCAGCGACUGAAGCUGCGACACCUCACCAUUGUCACCAUGUCCACGCAGACCAAGCGCAUCCCUUACGCUGAUCUAAUGAAGGAGCUGGACCUGGACAACACAAGGGAACUGGAAGAUGUCAUCAUAACCGCCAUAUACUCAGACGUGAUCCGCGGCAAGCUGGACCAGCUGGGCGGCCAGCUGCAGGUCGAGUACGCCGCCGGACGAGACGUGCGGCCAGAGGCCGUACCGCGGGUCAUAGCCACCCUGCAGGCCUGGUGUCAGACCUGCGACACGGUGAUGCAGUGUAUAGACAGACAGGUGCAGACGGCCAACGGCGAGCGGGAGGCGCGCGCCCGACACCGCGCCGCCAUUGAGGCCAAGGUACAGACAAUUCGCGAGAGCCUCAGUGCCAAAGAUCAGGACGAUCCAAUGUCCUCCGACUCAAAGGAGACCGUGUCUACCUCCGACCGAAGCAAGAAGGCGAAGACGCGAGCGGCCAAGGCCGGCACCAGUAAAUUGUGGAAGUCGUGAGGCGUUCCCGGCUGAUCUUCGGAGUCAGAUCAUAGUGCCGGAAUGUGAUACAGACUGGGGGACUGGGCGUCUGGGAAAGACAGUUGGGCUGGACGGUAGAGCGCAGCCUGCUGAUCGCUGUCCAGACGAAAAUAUGCGUCUGUUGAGGUACGAGGACAGACCUGGCUGUUUCCGAGUACCACACCACGGCAGGUACGUGUACACUCACGGUGUUCGUACAGUAACCGGCGGUACGCUGAUGGACGGUGUACAGUGCUUCUCUAUGUAGUGAGAAGCUCGGACCGGCAGAACUACCCUCAGUGCACCGUGCCGUGUAUGUGUGUGGUGGGGUCGUGAGGAACCCCUUCUGCUGAGCCGAGUGUUAGAAGUGACCUGGCUGUCUCGUACGCUAAAUGGUGUGUGCGGACUAAGGUGGGGUGUGUGGUAUUUUCGCUGUCAACUCGGAAAGCUGUGUUUGACGAUGGUACGGAUGAUGGUGGGGGAACUGCAGUCUGCCCCACACGAUUGAAUUGCCCCGGCCCUCGGUGCCUCUGCUAAGAUCUGUAAUUUGGAAAUAUGUAGCUCUGAACUUGCAAGAUUUAUGGUCAACUGCUUGAAUAUCCCUUCGAAUUUGAAACUUCAUUUUCAAUGUGCACACUGCUGCAGAUGUAGGUGGACUGCUUGUCGGCUCAUUGAGUCGAUUCGUGUUGUAAGGCUGCGCUAAGAGGUACCACCGUGUCGAACAGGGCGGUUUGUCGUCGGUGUGCGGGGCAGAGUUGUGGUUGUAAUGAACAGAAUAAACGUAUGGUAAACAA